GCCGGUCUGAAGGAAGGUCUGUCGAGAGAAGCAAAUCCUCUGACAAGAGCGAUGAAGGCAUGGGUAACCACCUUGUUUGGAAGUUCUCUCAAACUCAUCACUGAGAAACUGCAAGAGGUGGACCUGAAGGUGAAGAUUGCCUCUACGGACAAAGUCGAACUCACUCGGCUACGAGAGGAGAAAGUGGCCUGGGAGAAAGCUGCGCAAACGAAUGCUGCUACGGGGGAGAAAAAGAGCAGGGAACUUUCGAGUAGCGAGAAAAGGAAGAGGGGAGUGGUGCGCACUCCAGUUGACAACUCGCCUCGAGGUAAUCGGCUGCGGUCCAGAGGAAGUAAGGCUCCAGCUGUCGACCAAGAGCUGGCAGCAGCCCAGGAGGAAGAAGAUCCCAUUGACGAAGAAGAUAUUGAUAUCAUCCAGAACGCCUUUAACAAGGAGGAGGAAGAAAACGGUGACGAAUGUGGUUUAGCAACAUACAUGAAGAUGCGGCAGAAGUUCUACAACUUGCUGCACUAUACCCGAGUCCAAGAACUGAGCAAACAGAAGAGUAUUUCGUACUUCAAAAAGGACCAAGGCGAGUGGGAGCUGGCCAAGGUUGACCUGCAAGAGUACACAGAUAUGCUGAAAGAAGAGAGACCCGUCGAGGCAGCAUGAGCCUCGUCAAGGAAGUCUGAAGUAAAGCCUGGCACGGGAC